CGGAAGCAGGGUCGGCGCAUCAAGCGCAAGACGCAAAAGGAGACGGACACGUCGGAUCAGGCCAGCGAGCUGCCGCCGCGCGCCUUUGUCUUCUCCAAGGGAAAGGUCUCGGCGCCGCUCAAGGCGCUCGUCAACGACCUCAAGGGCGUCAUGUCGCCAAACACGGCGCGCGCCCUCAAGGCGCAGCGCCGCAACAAGAUCAAGGACUUUGUGGACGUCGCCGGGUCGCUGCACGUCUCCUUCUUCCUGAUCGUCUCGAGCACCGAGCAGUCCUCCUACCUGCGGCUGGUGCGCUCGCCGCGCGGGCCGACGCUCACCUUCCGCAUCCGCUCGUACGCGCUGGCGGCCGACCUGGCGGCGACGCUGCGGCGGCCGUACUCGGCGGGCAACGCCGUGUGGCAGUCGAACCCGCUGCUCGUCCUCUCCGACUUUGACCAGUCGCAGCAGGAGCAGUCGCUCGCGGCGACGAUGCUGCGCAACCUCUUCCCGCCCAUCAACGUGCAGACGCUGCAGAUCUCGGCGUGCCGGCGCAUCGUGAUGCUGCACCAGCGGCCGGCGGAGGAGGGCGGCGGCGUCGAGCUGCGGCAGUACGUGAUCAAGGCUGCUCCGACCAACGUCUCGCGCGGCGCGCCGAGAAGCAGCCGCAUCAAGAAGCUGACGCGCGGCAACCGCGUGCCGUCGCUCGGCCGGUACGGCUCGAUGGCCGACUACCUGGCGGGGCGGGGAGGCUACUCGUCCGAGUCGGGCGGCGAGACGGACGACGACGAAAAGGUGGACCUGCCGCAGGACUACGUCGGGCGGGGCGCGGUGCGCGACCAGCGUGUGGGCGUGCGGCUGCACGAGAUCGGGCCGCGGCUGAGCCUCGAGCUGGUCAAGGUGCAGGAGGGGGUGUGCGACGGGGCGGUCCUCUUC